GCGUUUAGUGCGGGAUUACGAACGACGCAGGCAGCACGUCCCAUUUGCACCAACUACAGCUCUGCCCUACGGAGCGCGCGCGCACACAUACUGUUGUCGAGGAUAGAGAGCAGAGUGAGCAGGGGGGACAGGAUGGCAUCUCUUGGACUCAAGGCGAUUGUCGGCGAAAUGACUCUGUCGGAGAUCAAUUGUUUGAAAGUUGGCUCAGCAGUCUAACGUUAGUUGAUGACGCCACACAGGUGGUGGAGUAAUGACGUCUACUAAUAAAUACUAGAUUAUGAACGAUGUCAUUAAGAAGGCGAAGAAGAAGGGAGAGUGGAAGGUUUUGGUGGUGGAUAAGCUGAGCAUGAGAAUGGUCUCAUCCUGCUGUAAAAUGACUGACAUAAUGUCUGAGGGAAUCACAAUUGUUGAGGACAUAACCAAGCGACGUGAGCCUCUUCCUACCAUGGAGGCCAUAUAUCUCAUCACUCCAUCUGAUGAGUCAGUUGAAGGCCUCAUCAAUGACUUCAGAGACCCCCGUAAUCCCAUAUACAGAGGAGCCCAUGUGUUCUUUACAGAUGCAAUUCCAGACUCUUUAUUCAACUUGUUAAGUAAAUCCCGUGCCUCCAAACACGUAAGGACACUGACUGAGAUAAACAUCGCCUUUCUGCCCUAUGAGUCCCAGGUGUUUUCAGUGGACAAAGCAGAUGCCUUCCAGGACUUCUACAGCCCGUUUAAAGUCGACGUGAAGAACCAGUUGUUGGAGCGUUUAGCCGAGCAGAUAGCCACCCUCUGCUGCACACUAAAGGAGUACCCAGCUGUUAGAUACAGAGGAGAGUACAAAGACAAUGCCACCCUGGCCCAGAUGCUACAAGACAAACUGGAUGGUUAUAAAGCAGAUGACCCCACUUUAGGAGAGGGACCUGAUAAAGCUCGCUCGCAGUUAUUGAUUCUGGAUCGAGGUUUUGACCCUGUCUCACCACUUCUGCACGAGCUCACAUUACAGGCCAUGGCCUAUGACCUGCUGCCCAUUGAGAACGACGUCUACUCGUAUGAGACCAGUGGAAUGGGUGACACUCGUAUGAAAGACGUCCUGUUGGAUGAAGAUGAUGACUUGUGGAUGACCCUGAGACAUAAGCACAUAGCAGAGGUGUCCACGGCUGUCACUAAAUCGCUUAAGGAUUUCUCCGCAAGCAAAAAGAUGAACACAGGAGAGAAGACCACAAUGAAAGAGCUCUCUCAAAUGCUUAAAAAGAUGCCACAGUACCAGAAGGAGUUAAGCAAGUAUUCCACUCACCUGCACUUAGCUGAAGACUGUAUGAAACAUUACCAGGGCACGGUGGACAAACUCUGUCGUGUCGAGCAGGAUCUAGCCAUGGGCACGGAUGCAGAGGGUGAGAAGAUCAAAGACCCCAUGAGAGCUAUCGUGCCCAUCCUACUCGACGCCAGUGUCACCAUUAUGGACAAGAUUCGUAUUAUCCUGCUCUAUAUCUUUCUCAAAAAUGGUGUGUCAGAGGAGAAUCUCUGUAAACUCCUUCAGCACGCACAGAUACCUCCAGAGGACAGUGACAUCAUCUCGAAUAUGGCUCAUAUGGGGAUUCCUAUCAUCUCAGAGCAAGUAACCACACGAAAGGGAAAGAAAUCUGACCGGAAGGAAAGAAUCAGCGAGCAAACGUAUCAGCUCUCCAGAUGGACUCCUCUGAUUAAAGACAUCAUGGAGGACGCCAUUGAAGACAAACUGGACCCAAAACAGUUCCCUUACAUCUCCACACGCACAGCUUCCUCUAAAACCACCACAGCUUCCAGUGCCCGUUACGGUAACUGGCAUAAAAACAAGAGCCCGGGGGAGAUACGCAAUGGCCCACGGAUCAUUGUCUUCAUCAUUGGGGGCGUGACCUACAGUGAAAUCCGCUGCGUCUAUGAGGUCACCCAGGCCAAUGGCAAAUGGGAGGCUCUUAUUGGGUCCACCCACACCACCACACCUGUUAAAUACCUGAAGCAUCUGCAGCACCCAGACUUCCUGGACCCCAACGCGGCCCCUGAGGACCAGCUUCUUGCUGAGGAUAAGUGAUGAAAACACGAAAUAAGAUUUUGUUGCCAUCAAUGCCCUUCCUCACCACCCUUAUAAUCCAAGCAGACUGUUGUCAGUUGUUGUUGUUGUCAACAAUACAUCUUCACAUAGUAUAAUAUUAGGUAUGCUCAUUCUAAACAGUAGGCUAUAGUCAAGUAUACUUGCUUAUUCUUAACUAGCCAACAAAAUAUCUUGUCAGCUAAAUAAAAUAUACAGUGACAGUGUGCGUAAGUGUGAUAAUAACAUAAAGGACAUAUGUAAUUCUGCUUCAUUUCUAUGAUGGCUUCUUCAGACAUCAUUUAGCAUUUUUUGGUAACAAGGGAGCAGUUAAUGUUUAGGUGUAACUCACUGGUAAAACAAAAAAUCAUGUAAAUACUCCCAGUGUUGUUGUUUAGCACAGUCCAAGCAAAUUCUGCUGCCCUGAGUGAUUUAGUUGUAAAGAUUGCUUUCUUUUACCUGCUACGCACCGGUGUGAUGUAUGUGAUCAUGUUAAUAUUAGAUGUGUAUUGUCAACCACUCUGUGUGGUUUUAAUGUUAGUCAUUUGGAGCAUAGUUAUUAGAUUUGUAUAUAGAGUUGUCAUAUAUUAUAGAGUAAAACAUAUUUCUGUGAUGUAUACUGUCAUUUUAGACUUUUGUUUUUUAAAUGAAAUUUAGUACUUAUCAGUUUUGUAUUUUGUGCAGUAUGUAGUAUUUUUACUUUUUAUGUUGUGAUCUGUUAUUUAUUUAAAUAAAUGUAUGCAACGUAUACAGUAUAUAGCAUACAUAUGGCAUAUUUCAUGUUCUGAGCUCUAUUAACUGCAAACAUUUGUGUUGUGCAUUGGUGCGAUCAA